GUGAAACCAACCGUACCGUACGUAGGAACCAUGACCGAUAGCAGAGCAGGUGACAGAGGACGCCAGGACGACGCCGCCUCCAUCUCUUCGUUCCCCAAGGCGGCGCGGCGAUCGAGACAGAUCGAGGGAGAAGUCAGUUGAUCAUCGGCGCGACAGAUCGUUACUGGUGGCCUGAUUUGGCACCGGAGGCCGGCCUCCGUUCUCCCAGCGGCGCCAUGGCGUGGCGUGCGUAUAAGAUGGCAGCGGCAGUGCAAGCGAAGAGCUUUGCCAUCUUUGAGCGCGGCGACGGGGCAGAUAUAAAAGCGUAUGCAGCCUCUCCUCCACUCGGAUCCCCGGGCACUAGGAUCUGAGGCCUACACGAGCGAGGUUGGUCUGUAUAGAUCCAUCAUAAAACCCCAGAAGCCCUUUCGAUCGAUCCCUUUGGCCCGGAGCUCGAACUGAACGCGUGCGAGAUCACCGGAGUGGAUCAAAGACGAAGAGAUGUCGUCGUCAGCCGAAGCCGAGAGCGCGGCGGCGGCGGCGACCGAGAGGUUCCAGCGCCAUGACUCCCUGUACGGCGACGCCGAGAAGGUCACCAACGGCAAGCACCACGGCUCCGGGGACAGCUGGGCGCGGACGCUGAUGCUGGCGUUCCAGAGCAUCGGCGUGGUGUACGGCGACAUCGGGACGUCGCCGCUGUACGUGUACUCGAGCACGUUCCCGGACGGCAUCCGGCACCCCGACGACCUCCUCGGCGUCCUCUCGCUCAUCCUCUACACUCUCAUCCUCAUCCCUAUGCUCAAGUACGUCUUCGUCGUCCUCCACGCCAACGACAAUGGCGAUGGUGGAACGUUCGCGCUCUACUCGCUGAUCUCGCGGUACGCCAAGAUCAGGAUGAUCCCAGACCAGCAGAGCGAGGACGCAACGGUAUCCAACUACAGGGUGGAGGCGGCCAGCUCACGGCUGCGGAGGGCGCAGUGGCUCAAGGAGAAGCUCGAGUCCAGCAAUGCCGCCAAGAUCGGGCUCUUCACCAUCACCAUCCUCGGCACCUCCAUGGUCAUGGGCGAUGGAACCUUGACGCCAGCAAUCUCUGUGCUCUCGGCAGUGAGUGGGAUCAGGGAGAAAGCGCCCAACUUGAGCCAAUUGGAGGUGGUGUGGAUCUCGGUGGCCAUACUGUUCCUUCUCUUCUCGGUGCAGCGCUUCGGCACCGACAAGGUGGGCUACUCCUUCGCGCCCAUCAUAUCCGUGUGGUUCGUCCUCAUCGCCGGCACUGGGAUGUACAACCUCGCCGCGCACGAUGCCACCGUCCUCCGCGCCUUCAACCCCAUGUACAUUGUCGACUACUUCCGCAGGAACGGCAAGGAGGCAUGGGUCUCGCUAGGUGGUGCCGUCCUCUGCAUCACCGGCACGGAGGCCAUGUUUGCCGAUCUCGGCCAUUUUAACAUCAGGGCCAUUCAGAUCAGCUUCACAUGCAUCCUCUUCCCCUCUGUGGCGCUGUGCUACAUGGGUCAGGCGGCCUACCUGCGCAAAUUCCCUGAAAACGUUGUCGACACCUUCUACAAAUCCAUCCCAGUGGCCAUGUUCUGGCCGGCGUUCCUGGUGGCGAUCCUGGCGGCGAUCAUCGCGAGCCAGGCCAUGCUGUCGGGCGCGUUCGCCAUCCUGUCCAAGGCGCUGUCCCUGGGGUGCUUCCCCCGGGUGGAGGUGGUGCACACCUCCAGCAAGUACGCGGGGCAGGUGUACCUCCCGGAGGUGAACUUGCUGAUCGGCGUCGCCAGCGUCGCCGUCACGCUGGGGUUCCAGACCACGGCCAACAUCGGCAACGCGUACGGGAUCUGCGUGGUGACCGUCUUCUCCAUCACCACGCACCUGCUGGCGGUGGUGAUGCUGCUGGUGUGGCGCGCGCAGCCGGCGCUGUCCGCCGCCUUCUACGCCGUCUUCGGCCUCGUCGAGUUCCUCUACCUCUCCUCCAUCCUCUCCAAGUUCGCCGAGGGCGGGUACCUGCCCUUCUGCUUCUCGCUGGUGCUCAUGGCGCUCAUGGCCGCGUGGCACUACGUCCACGUCCUGCGCUACUGGUACGAGCUGGACCACGCCGUGCCGGCGGCCGAGCUGGCCGCCGUGCUGGCGCGCCGCGACGUGCGCCGGGUGCCCGGCGUCGGCCUCCUCUACUCGGAGCUGGUCCAGGGGAUCCCGCCCGUGUUCCCGCGCCUGGUCGACAAGAUCCCCUCCGUGCACGCCGUCUUCGUCUUCGUGUCCAUCAAGCACCUCCCGAUCCCACGCGUAGCGGCGCCGGAGCGCUUCAUCUUCCGGCGCGUCGGCCCCGUCGACCACCGCGUGUUCCGCUGCGUGGCGAGGUACGGCUACACGGACCCGAUGGAAGGGCACCGGGAGUUCGCCGCCUUCCUCCUGGACCGCCUCAAGACGUUCGUCCAGGAGGAGGCCGCCUUCGCCUCCACCACCAGCGGUUCAUCGGCGGCGGUGGCGGUGGCGGAGGAGGAGCAGCGGCUCAUCGACGCGGAGGCGGAGCGCGGGGUGGUGUACCUGAUGGGGGAGGCCACGGUGACGGCGGCGGCGGGGUCGUCGCUGCUGAAACGGGUGGUGGUGAACAACGUGUACGGCUUCCUACGGAAGAACCUCCGGGGGGAGAGCCACAAGGCGCUGUCCAUCCCCAAAGACCAGCUGCUCAGGGUCGGCAUCACCUACGAGAUCUGACUGAUUAUUCUCGUCUUGCUACUAGUCGUAUUCUAGCUAUUUUUACUAGAGCUACUAGCUUGUGCUUCCUUUGUGCCACGUACCUCCUUGUUGCAAGCAACUUUCCAAUGGCUGGCGUGCCUAGCAAUUGUAGCGACGACACUGUUGCUUAAUCUGUCGUUGUGCACAUGUAGUAGCUGCCGUUCAUUGUCUCUGACUGUUAAUACGACCACUGAGAAAAAAAGGUCACUGCAUACGUACACUGUC